AUGGCGACGACAGUCAAGAAGUGUCUAAAACUGCACAAGCUCUUCGUCGCCGAGGUGACGCGUAGCUCACGUCUCGAGUCAGAAGGGUCACAAGUACUUUCAACACUCGCUAAUGUUAGUCAGCGUGUGCCGACAUUGUUACAAUAUGACAGUACAAACGGUACUGGCAAUGGUCACUUGAAAAGCAAUGUGGAGACAAUGGGCGUGCUAACUUAUUCCAGCAACACUCAAGCUUUAUUACUUCAGAAACACUUUUUAACUCUGGAAAAGAGUCUAGCGUUCUUAACUGAUAUCAUGCGCGACUUUCAAGAGUUGCUACGUCAUCUUCGGUCGUUUGCGAGUGAGUGUGUGGUCCUCGUGGAUGACGCACUUCUUGAAGGUGAAACUGUAGUCAGUGUUGAUAACGAAAUGGCAGUUGUGACUUUUCCUUUGCAAGUACAAGAGUGGAUGGAGACUGUGCUAGCAAUGUUUGAACAUGAAGUGCUGCGAAAAGUAAGACUUGUGACAAAUUUAGAGUACAGUGAUCCGAGAAGGCUGAAUGCUGUGCACAAGCAGUGGAGUUCAAAGGGGGUCAUGGGCAACGUUGACUACAACUAUGUGCAAACAGGUCUGCAACUGUUACAAGUAAAUUCUUGUUUACCUUCGCAAUCUAGUGAUUCGAGAUCGAUUACUUCCGAAAGCAAGAGGAAGAAGAAGACGAACAAAGCAAAUAAAUAA